GUAGUUUUUCGUCUGUUCUGGUACGGUUCAGUGUUGCUUCGGUGGUUAACGCGUGCUAUCUAUUGAGGACAAAACGGAUCUCGGAACCAACCAGCAAUCAUGGUGAUGCGUUCUGCGUUGAAGAAGGGUUGGCAGAAUGCCAACACCGGAUCCGAGUCGCAAUCGCACGUGGCACGUUCCUGCAUGCCACCAUCAAGAGUUGCAGUCAAAGUUUCUCAGGGUUACAUCUACGGAGUGCGUGAUACCACCACAAAUGGGGACAACUAUUACUACUUCAAGGGGAUUCCUUAUGCGAAGCCUCCGAUUGGAAACCUACGGUUUAUGUCACCGGUUCCGAUUGAUAAGUUUCCGGUCAGCUAUUUGGAUUGUACUACGGAACGAGGCAACUGCAUGGGAAUGGAUGUGAUCAGUAAGGAGAUUACGGGUUCUGAGGACGGACUUUAUCUGAACGUAUAUACGCCUGUGUUGCCCCGAUCUGAUGGCGUCUCUCAGAAUCUCCCGGUAAUGGUGUUUGUUCAUGGAGGAGGACUGGUCGGUGGACAUGCGGAUAGUUCCAUGUAUCAUCCCAAUUAUUUGCUACAGGAAGGAGUUCUGGUAGUUACUGUCAACUAUCGAUUAGGUAUUUUAGGAUUCCUUUGUCUCCCUGGAGCGGGUAUUGAAGGUAAUGCCGGACUAAAAGAUCAGAGAAUGGCCCUUCAAUGGGUAACGCAAAAUAUCUCUAAAUUUGGAGGAGAUCCGAAAAACAUAACCUUAUUUGGAGCCAGUUCCGGAGCAAUUGCGGUUAAUCUGCACUGCUUGUCGAAGGAAUCCAAAAAAUAUUUCCAGAAGGCAAUUAUGCAAAGUGGUUCAAUCUAUUUGGAGUGGGGUCAUCAGGAGAAACCCGAAGAAAAAGCUCGCAAGAUGGCUGAAUUGCUUGGAGCAAACCCAACCAACGACGAGGAAGUGUAUCAGGUAUUGAAGAAUGCACCGGCCAGGAAGCUAUUCGAACUCCAAUUCAAGGCAAUAACGAAACGCGAGGAGUUAGUCGAAAAACUAUUCCAGAUACCAUUUCUACCCAUCGUCGAACGAGAACAAUCGACCGAUGCCAUCAUAACUAAGCAUCCGACAGAGAUCCUGCGUGAUCCUGAUGGUGUUGGCAUUCCUGUCAUCGCUGGUUACAACGAAUACGAUGGAAUGAUGGUGCUACUCGACGCUGUCAAGAACCCCAACAUGUACAAUCUGCAGCCGGAGCGGUUCAUCCCGCGUACAUUGAAUGUGGACUGCACCACACCGGAGGCCCGCGAACUGGCCAUCGAGAUCAAGAAAGCUUACUUUGGCGAUCAAGAUGUGUCUCGUGAGACUGUGAUGCAGCUGGUAGAACUAUUCACGGAUAAGUACAUUCUGUCCUACAGAAUUACCUUCGAGCUGUGGGCCAAGUAUCAAACAAAAACCAACAUGUUCGGCUAUCGGUUCUCGUUCGAUGGUCUGCUGAACAAGGGGAAGGCCAUCAUGUCUUUCAGUGGCUUGAAAGGCACUUGUCACAUUGAUGAAGUGUAUUACAUAUUUAGCUCGCCGAUUUUGCGAACCGAAGUUCCCAAAACUAGCAAGGCGUAUGAAAUGCGUAACAAGAUGGUGCGCAUGUGGGGUAACUUUGCCAAGUACAGCGACCCUACACCGGAUGCGGACACGGAGCUUCCGUUCAAGUGGACUCCCAUACCGAAAAUUCCUCUGGAUUGCGACGACGUUAAGUGCACUCUGCUUAGCAUUUCUGGUCCGGACAAGAUCGGAAUGGCUGAAAUGCCGGAGGCGGAACGGAUGGUGUAUUGGACGCAGUUGUACAGGAAGUACAAUGGGCAUGUGACUAAUAUUGUUGUACCAACGGUUCCGUUGUUGAAUUCUGUUGAUUUGAAUAACAAUGGUGUGUAGAAUAAUCGUCUAUUGAAAAUCGACUGGACUAUACUAAGUAGCAUGAAAAUAAAUUUAUGUUUAUCGAAAACAAGCUGUUUUCCAUCAGGUUAUAGAUCCCGUUAA